GCCACAUACCCGGAGUGGGCUGGCUGCUCGUAGGGAUCUCCGCCUACCGUGCCUCCUGCGUGCACUGAAGAUGGCGGCCGUUGCGGGAAGGUUGCUCUGGUCUUCGGUUGUUCGGCGGCAUGGGAGUGCUAUUUCCCGGGGUAUUUCUGCCUCAGCAGUUCUUAGGCCUAUUACUUCUAGAAGAACCUGCUUGACAGACAUACUGUGGUCUGCCUCUGCCCAAGCAAAGUUUGCCUUUAGCACCAGUUCCGCAGUCCAUGCCCCUGCUGUCACACAGCAUGCACCCUAUUUUAAGGGCACUGCUGUUAUCAACGGAGAGUUCAAAGAGCUGAGUCUGGAUGACUUUAAGGGGAAAUACUUGGUGCUUUUCUUCUACCCUUUGGAUUUCACAUUUGUGUGUCCUACAGAAAUUGUUGCUUUCAGUGACAAAGCCAAUGAAUUUCAUGAUGUAAACUGUGAAGUAGUUGCAGUUUCAGUGGAUUCCCACUUUAGCCACCUUGCCUGGAUCAAUACACCAAGGAAGAAUGGUGGUUUGGGCCACAUGAACAUCAUGCUGUUGUCAGAUUUAACUAAGCAAAUAGCCCGAGACUAUGGAGUGCUAUUGGAAGGUGCUGGCAUUGCACUCAGAGGCCUCUUUAUUAUUGACCCUAAUGGUGUCAUCAAGCACCUGAGUGUCAACGACCUCCCAGUGGGCCGCAGCGUAGAAGAAACCCUCCGAUUGGUGAAGGCAUUCCAAUUUGUCGAGACCCAUGGAGAAGUCUGCCCAGCCAACUGGACACCAGAGUCCCCUACGAUCAAGCCAAGCCCAACAGCUUCCAAAGAAUACUUUGAGAAGGUCCAUCAGUAGGUCAUCCCAUGCUUGCUCUUCACCCAAAGCUUCUCAUGCCAAAAAAAAGAGCCCCAGCUUGAAUCCACUCAGUGCUCUGAAGAUUAUUUAUAGAACGGCAAAACCUCAUCAUGCUGUGUUUAUAAGGACUGUUCCACAAGCUUUGUUUUUUAAGACAGGCUCAGGCUCUGUAAAGGUGGCUAACUGCUUCCAUAAUCGUCCUUACCAGGGACUUCUUGAUGGCUAACCAGUUCUCCAUGAGUGUUUGGUGCCCAUUUCUUAGAUCAUGUCUUCAGAGGGUAAACAUUCUUCCUCUUAGCCUGCAGCAAACCUCUGUCUACAAUGAAGUAGCAAGUAGCACCAGCAUUUAAUGAAAGCUUCUGAUCAAGGUCCUGAAAUUUCCUUUUGAAUUUCUGUGUAUUAAACUUAAUUUCCCCAUUAUUUCUUAUUGUAUUCAUUAACUCACAGUGUCCUUUUGUGUUCUGAGGUAUUGAUGAGAUAUAAUCAUGAAGGAGUAUGUCUAAUCCAGUGGUUGUAUUUUUAAAACAGCAUAAUCAUUUUCUUUCUUCAAGUGCUGGAUGUAAAGUAUAGUAUAAAAAUAAACAUUAAAAUAUUUACAUUUUUGACAUCA